CGCUGUACCCCUCAAAAAGAGCGAGCUUGCGCUGUCCUCACUAGGAAGUGCGGAGGAUUUUAUGCGCUUUUUUUCCAGCUGGAUUGGCUCAUGUCAACUGCUGGUUAUUCGUCGUUGUUACAGUUUCCAAAAGCGACCAUAAACUGCCACAGCACGGGAUAAUAAAACGCCAGAGGCGAUACUGCACGUCUUUGAAAAAUGCCCCGGAGAAAGAGGACCGCAGGCAGCAGCUCAGACGGGACUGAGGACUCUGAUUUUUCCGCUGAUAUCGAGCACACUGAAGCUGCCGAGAGCGUGCACAGACGCAGCAGCACACGCCUAACUCGCGCGUCUCUGCGACUCAGCCAAAGUUCACAAGAUAACUGCGGUUCUCCUGUAACUGUGGGUCCUGACGAAGGCCUGGACUCAGCAGCAGAGUCGGCGGCAGCAGCUGUGCCAGCAUCUGUCUUCUCCUCCGGGCGCAGGGUCACACGCAGCCAGCAGGGGGCGACAAACACCACAGCCAAAAAAUACCCACUACGGCAGAGCAGGUCGUCCGGCUCUGAUACCGAGGCUCAUGAUGUAAAACAAGGGGUGGAUCGUGACGAGACCCCGCCUCGCACACCAACAGGCAACGCCCCAUCCUCGGAGUCAGACAUUGAAGUUUCCAGCCCGAGCAAUGACCUCGUGUCUUCUAGCAAUGAUAUCGUAGUUUCACAAGAGGAGGACGAGAGGUUGGCCAAAGAGCUGUCACUCAAAGAGGCCGCCGCCCAUGACCUUUCGCACCGGCCCAAACGACGGCGUUUCCACGAGAGCUACAACUUCAACAUGAAGUGUCCCACACCUGGCUGCAACUCACUGGGUCAUCUAACAGGGAGGCAUGAGAGACAUUUCUCCAUAUCAGGAUGCCCUCUCUACCACAACCUUUCUGCCGAUGAAUGCAAGGGCAAGGCAUCGACACGCGACAAACAGGCCGAGGAAAGGACGUUGUCACACCGUCAGGACGAGAACAGGCACUCCACAAGAAACCAGGCUCCUACAGACCGUCAGCUGCGCUACAAAGAGAAGGUGACGGAGCUGAGGAGGAAGAGGAACUCUGGCCUCAAUAAGGAACAGAAGGAAAAGUACAUGGAGCACCGUCAGAACCACGGAGUGAGCCGCGAGCCGCUGCUGGAGAACAUCACCAGUGACUACGACCUCGAGCUGUUCAGGAAAGCGCAGGCACGUGCCUCGGAGGACCUUUUCUUCCUUUUGAUUUUUCUUCCUGCAUCGUUUUACUUUGUGGAGAAGCUCCGGCUGUCCGGCCAGGUGUCGGAGGGCAGCAACAUGAUAAAGACCAUUGUGUUUGGACGUUACGAGCUGGACACCUGGUAUCACUCUCCAUACCCAGAGGAGUACGCCCGCCUUGGGAGGCUCUACAUGUGCGAGUUCUGCCUUAAGUACAUGAAGAGUCAGACCAUUCUACGCAGGCACAUGGCUAAGUGUGUGUGGAAGCACCCUCCAGGUGACGAGAUUUACAGGAAGGGGAACAUCUCUGUCUUUGAGGUGGAUGGAAAGAAGAACAAGAUUUAUUGUCAGAAUCUGUGUUUGCUGGCAAAACUCUUCCUGGACCACAAGACUCUGUAUUAUGACGUUGAACCGUUCCUCUUCUAUGUCAUGACUGAAGCUGACAACACAGGGUGCCACCUAGUUGGAUACUUCUCCAAGGAGAAGAACUCUUUCCUGAACUACAACGUGUCCUGCAUCCUCACCAUGCCGCAGUACAUGAGGCAGGGCUACGGCAAGAUGCUCAUAGACUUCAGUUACCUGUUGUCUAAAGUGGAAGAGAAGGUGGGCUCACCUGAGCGCCCCCUCUCUGACCUGGGACUCAUCAGCUACCGAAGUUACUGGAAGGAGGUGCUGCUGCGCUACCUGAACAACUUUCAGGGCAAGGAGAUUUCCAUCAAAGAGAUCAGCCAGGAGACGGCGGUGAACCCGGUGGAUAUCGUCAGCACACUGCAGUCCCUCCAGAUGCUCAAAUACUGGAAGGGGAAGCAUCUGGUUUUAAAGAGACAGGACCUUAUUGAUGACUGGAAGGCCAAGGAGACCAAACGUGGUAACAGCAAGACCAUCGACCCCACAGCCUUAAAAUGGACCCCACCCAAAGGGACGUAGAGGAGACUCUGUUACACAGUCGCAUACAGAUCUUCCUCCUUACACUGGCAUGCUCACACAGACCCCGAGUCUAAACCCUCACUCACUAUUGUAUGAAACGCUUUCAGCAGCUACAGCGCAGUCAGACAAACAUCCGCUACUCUGGGUUCAAGCAACCACUGAGUCGAGUCCAGCAAGUACAGCAUUAGCCCACAGGUAUGAUUCCUGUUUGAAGACAUUUUUUUGGACAUUUCCCAAAAACUAGAAGAAAAAUAAGGCAAAUUUGCACGAGUCUAGGAGUGACUUCUCAGGAACUUACCAACUGUGUGCUGGUAAAAUCCUAAUGAAAUGAAAUUUACAUAAAUAAAAUGUGUGUUGGAACAGGACAAAUGAAAAGCAAUGUUUAAAAAAGUUACAUUUAGAUAUAUUUAAAGCAGUAAGCUCUGUAAUAAAGACACAUUACAGAAUAGCUUUCAUUUUAAGGUCUACAGAUUGACACGUGGGUGUCACUGACCAGUACAGUACUCAACAACAACAGCAACACAUUUACAGGAAUGAAACACAAAUUUGUAGGCUUCAGCCCCCCAUCAUAAAUUGGAUAAGUGGAAGAAAAUGAAUAGAUGGAAACACAAAUUUCACUUCUGUUCUUUAUUGUUUGUACACGCGUAUAUUAAAAAUGAUAAAACCGCAUGCACUUCUGUCUUUGAGUGACACAAGUGUGGCAUGAUAAUAUAAAAUUAAAUAAUUAAAUGAAUACUUUAUAUUAAUAUAAAUGAAACAGUAAUUUGAAUAAAAAGUUAUUAAAACACAAGUACUUAUGAAAUCUUGUUUCAUCACACCUUUGAUAGGAGUAGAUAUUUUUAUGAUAGAACAGCGUUGGUGUUGUUGCUGGUCUGGCUUUUUAGCCAACCACGUGCUAGAUGCUUAAGCUAGCAACACUGGGUGCUAAAGUUAGCCAGUUAGUUUUGGCUAGAAGUGUUUUUUUUUUUUUUUUUUAAUUGUAUAGUGAAAAAUAAGAAUUUCAUUUAGUAGUAAUUUUGAAUAUUUAUUAAUGAAAUAGUAUUUUAUUAGCUAGGAAAAACAGUUAUUGAAUUUAUCUGGUUAGCUUUUGCUUUAAAUGGGUAUUUUGGAAACUAUUUUAUAGGCUAGCAGCAGGUGCUGCUGAGUUUAGCUUGUUAGCUUGCUGAAAAAUUUUUUUUUUAAAGUGAGGGAUAAAAUGUUUAAUUUUAAAAUGUACUAAUUAAACGGAGUUUGAGGCACUUCUUUAAAAUUUUCACCAAUUGGUUUUCAUUUAUAUAUUUUACACAUUAAAUUAUUAAAGUUUUAUUUCACACUUACUGCGGCCAUGCUCAUGUUUAGAUCCUCAGCCCGCACACAGCAACACUGCAGCCGCUUUUGUCUGUACGUAGCAUGGCCGCUGAUACCUUGUUGACCUCAUUUGUUGUCUGCAGAGUGAAGGUAAUCGUGCAUCGUUAGUGCACCCUCUCCCAGACACUUAAUUAGCUGGGAGCAGCAGGCCCGCUCGGUAAUCCAAUCAGCGACAUGCGGUAUCAAAUCUGCAGAGCAUUUCGGAGACAAAGCGCAGGUCAGCAGCACUUUGACUCAUGUAAACGUGUUUUGGCAGACACAGACCAGCCGGCUGUGAUUAAACAGGACCAGAUCUGGACAUGCAUACAGUAGCAGCAUCUAUGUGAUUAAAUGGAGAGCUUUCACAAAAACUGGAAAAGACAUGAAAACAAGGUUGAUCUGGGAGGGGAGAUUAAAUUUUUUUUUUUAAAAAAUCAAAUGAAUGUGUGUGCAUUAACUAUAGCGUUCAUAUAUUUUGAUGCAAAAAGUAAGCUGAAGAGUGAUUUGAUGUAACACAACUUGAUACAUUUUGUCAAAUAGAUGUAGAUGUGUUAAAAAGUUAAGAAUGUUUUAGGUCAGGUUAUGUUGUGGCUGUUUGAACCCAGAGCCAAUCAGUAACUUGGCUUCUCUUGUCAUGCAGCAAACCCUCACGUUGUGUCCAGUUUUUAACCUUUCUCAUGCAUCAGUCAGUUAGCAGGAAGCUAUAGCUGCCACUGGCCACAUUUGUACCAUCACCCAGGAGGAAUCUACUGAGAUGUGUGUGUGCUUUUUUUUUUGUUUGUUUGUUUUUUAUGACCCCCAGUCGUCCCCCCUGUUUGUUUGUUUUGUUUUGUUUACUUUGAUCUCAGUUCUGUCUGCAGUUUCAUUUUCAGCUGUUUAGCGUUUGGGAGCUCCUAUGUGCUUUAUUUUGGUUCCAAGUUCUCAAUGAUUUUCAUACUUUUUCUACCUCUAAGGUUGUACCACUGUAUAAAAGCUAAAAUGGCUCGUUAAGCUUUUGUUUUUUUUAGUGUUUGUGUGUUGACGUGAAAAUGCGUAGCUAUUAUUGCGCAGCGAGUAUUUUGGGGUUUUUUUUAAAUAGAUUUUUAAAAAUAGCUUAUUUAUAUUCUUUAAAAACCACGUUAACUGCAUAGAGCGUAAAGGAGUGUAGAGGAAUGUCUACUUUGUAGGACUGAUUUUACUCGUGAAUCAGAUAUUUAUCUAAAAAAUUGUAUGUACAUUUGAAUGUGUCUACAAGCUCUUGAAUAAUACAGGAUGGAGACUCCAGAGCAUCCCCCCCAACAACAACAACAACAACAACAAGGACGAUGACAGAAGUUAUUUACAAUUCAAAGGUUUAUUCCAUGUUAUCAAAAGUGAUGUGAUUGAAUCAAAACAUGUCACUUUUGCACGUUGUCUCUGCUUGUUACCACCACAGUUAAUGCUGUGAGCUGUUAGAAAAGGGCAGCCUUGUUGUGUAAGCUCAGUAAGCGUGGUUGGCAGCACUUUUAAUUUUUUUUAAUUUGUUCAGUUUCGCCCCCUGUGAUUGAUUGAAAAUGGAUUUGAAAUUUAUCGACAGUCUCUGUAUUUAUUGAUUUGGGAUCAACGUGUUGAUUUAUUUUAACCAGCAUUUAAUGUUUUGUUAAAGGAAUAGUUCACUGAACAUUGAUUUGUGAUUGAUGUCACUCUCACGUCUCCUGUGUGGUAAAUAUUGAGCUGCAGGCAGUCAGCUGAGCUCGGCACAGAGACGCCAAGCUGGGAAAUAGCCAGUCUGGCUCAAGCGCACAGCCCAUUGUAAAAGAAGAAACUGAAAUUUUUCCAGUUCAUUGUGAGGAAAUGCAGUAGUGACUCACAUCCUCACAGUCACACAUACAUUAGGUAGAUAAAGGAAAUAAAAUAUUUAAGCACUGAAUGACACGAGCCAGUGAGUUUAACAGGUGUUCGUUUAUGGGUUUCUUGUAUUAUUUUUGGAGCAGAUCAGCAGUCGUGAAGCUAAACUAGCCGCUGGCUGUGGUUUCAUACUUACCAAAGAGACGUGGGGGUGGUUUCAGUGCAUAAACAUUGUGCAUAAGUUUAGGCAGCAGUUGGCUGUGAAAUUAGAGGUGUGUUGCUAACAAUGUCACAUUGAAUCAACCAUUAUCUUUUUUUAUUUUCAUGAGGCUGUUCUGUUUUGUAGCUUUUGUAUCGAAUUUGAACCCUUUUCUUUUUCCAGACUACAGCUUAAAGUUGUGUCUUUUGUGCUUUAACAACUGUUGCCUUUAAAGUUCAUUAGUGUCAGAAUGUUUUUCCUGUGUUUUAUACUCUGAUCAUUUCUUUCUAUCUUUAUCUGCAUUUUUACAUGUUAAUGUUUUCUCUUAUCCUCUGGUGAAUGUGCUUUUAAGGCCCUGCCAUCAAUGGAUCUUACAUGAGAGGAAAGAAUCGCAGCACGGGGGCAACAGAUUUCAAAUCAGUGCUAACAGAGUGUCUUUUCAAAAUUAAAAAAAUAAAAAAACACUCCAUUUAUCCUUUCAGCAUCUGCUCACAAUAAAUCACUCAGAAAUGUGCUGUUGGCUGAAGUUCCUUAUUUUGUGGGUAGGGAUUUUUUUUUUUCCUGCGUGCAUUAACAGGAACGUGUACUUACUUUUUUUCCCCCCUUUAAAUGAAUUUCCAAUGAAUGAAAAAAAAAAAAAAACCC